GGUAGUUUCUGCCAUCAAGCCCUAAAAAACUCAAAUACCACCACCACCCCGGACCGUCGUAAAUAAACCGGUGAUCAACCGACAUCAACCUUCUGUAACCCUUUCCGAUUAACCGAAAAAACGGUUUUCAAAUUCAAAUCAACGAUGGCGGCCAGUGAGACCAAAGAUGACCUAUACGCUCUCUCUCUUCAGAAGGAUGAAGAUGAUAAGUUUAAGGAGUUUGAUUUCGGAUUUGAUGAUGCUGAUGCUCCUCUGCCGCUUACUGUUGCCUCUCGUGUAUUGUACAUGUUAGGUGAUAUUGCAGCAGGUCCUGCUUUUCGGUUUACUCAAUGGUUGGAAUUAGUUAGGAAACGCAGUGGUAGAUAUAAGUCGUCUGGAUUCCCUCGCCGCCCUCAGAGGCUUGAUGGCAUGCUCUUAAGUGCAGGGGAUUUAAGCUUGGAUUUAAAAAAGCUUCCGUCUUUUGAGCAAGUUACAGAUGUUAGUUUGUGGGAAAGGCUCGGUAAGGCUGCGAUGUUGGACAUCGAGUCAAGCUCGUUCUCUUGGAAUAUGCUUUCUUCACUUCACCACACUGAACAUAGCAGCAGCACUGAACAAUCUGAGGAUGAUAUGAAUAAAGCAUUAGAGGUAACAGUCAAUUCAGGUGGAGUUGUAUACUUCGCACUAUUUAACCAUAACGAGAGUGGCGAGUUCGUUCCCAAAGAAUCAGCAGCUGUUAUCAAAAUCGCAUCUUCUAGAAUGGCGACACAAUCAGAACGACUCGGCUACGAAUUCGCAAAAUGGCUUGGUGUCAGAACUCCACAAGCUAGAGUGAUUCAUAAUUGUAGUCCUGAGUGGUUACAAAUUAAGGAAGCUGCGGAAAAAGCAAGAGAGGCUGCGGUUUCCGAUGGAGAUGAAGUCGGUGAAGUGACGUGCUCAGAACUUCUAGAAGCCCUCGAGCUCAGCCGAUGCCUUUACUUGAUGAAUUAUGUGCAUGGAUCUCCCCUUUUGGAAAACUCAAGUGCAUUUCAAACACAAGAAGCUGCAGAAAAGACGGCGGCUGCCCUCGGAAGAAUCUUGAUGUUGGAUCUCAUAAUCAGAAACGAAGAUCGGCUCCCAUGUCGUUAUCUGAGGUGGCGAGGUAAUCCCGCAAAUCUAUUAUUAGCAGACAAAAUGGCGACUGCAAAUCGAGAUGCAUUAGAAGAAGCUUUCGAUUCCGCUAUUGAUCGAUAUAGACCGAGGGUAAUUCGCGCUCUCCAGAAGGAACGAAGAUCAACUUCUGUCGAUUGCCGAAUGAGUGCCGAUGAUUCAAAUUUAUCGUCGAAAAGCUUUCAUCGUUCCGACAAUACAUUAUGUCCUAUACCUAAUGAAAAACCAUUAAAAAGACAAGUUACAAUUGAUCCGAUAAUCACCGAUUUCGAUGUUGUGGCUAUUGACUCUGGUGUCCCUCGCCGACCGCCAGCUGGCAAACGUUCACACGAUCAAGAAAACUAUCCGAAGCUUGUUGAACUCCUGAUCAACAGUCCUGAAUAUGCGUCACAUCUGUUACACGAAAUGACUAUCGGGAAAUUAGGAUUUCCUACAGAAGCUUCUUCUGAAACUUCCGGCAAUAAUUCACCGUUUAUUAAAGAUAUGAUCUCCGUCAUUCAUGAAUUCAGAACCGGAUUUCGUGCGGCUCUGAUGGACUUACAGGGUUUUCGUAUAUUUUUACUCACACUUCACCAAAAACUGGAUAGUUUGUUGAGGAGAUUUAUGAGUAUUAUAGAUAAAACAUUGAGUGGUGAUUUUUAUAAAGAAGAUUUGAUGAUAUUUGAGUCACAUUCACAGUCACAUUCUGCACCUUGUGUUUCUCCACAAAGUAAGGGUAGCCAAAUAGAUUCGAGUGAUACCGAUUUGCAGAAAACAGCUCAAAAAGCAUCAUCAUCUUCAGGAUGCAAAGAAAAUUUAGACUCGAUUUCUCCAAUAUCGCGUGAUUCUUCUUCUUCUUCACAUGGAAAGUCUAAUAAAGCGUAUGCAGAACCAUUGCGUACCAUGCGCAUCACCUCAAAGCUGCGUGAUUUCCACAAAUAUGCUAAGGAAGAUGCUGAACUAAACAAAGAACUAGAGCAAUGGAACGAAUUGCUAAAAAACGAAGCCGUAAAGCUAUGUCAAGAGAAUAAUUUCAAUUCAGGGUUUUUCGAGGGCAACGAGAGUAAUUCUGUUGUUGAUGCUUAUGAAUUAAAGCUUAGGCUUGAACAUAUCCUCGAGAGGAUAUCGUUAAUAUCCGACGCUGGAAAUACGGAAAAACCGUCAUUAGUUACGAGUAGCCUAUUCAUUGGUGGGGCAUUAGCUGCAAGAUCUGUUUACACAUUGCAACAUAUAGGGAUUAGACAUAUAUUGUGUUUGUGUUCUAAUGAAAUCGGGCAGUCUGAAUCUCAACGGACUGACUUAUUUGAGUAUCGAAACUUCUCUAUUGGUGAUGAAGAAGAUUCGAACAUCAGUGAGAUUUUCGAAGAAGCGCAUCAAUUUAUUGAUGCCGUUGAACAAAAAGGUGGUAAGGUUUUGGUUCAUUGCUUUGAAGGAAGAAGCCGGAGUGCAACGGUUGUUCUUUCUUACUUAAUGAUGAGGAAGAAGUACACAUUACUAAAAGCAUGGAAUACCCUAAGAAGAGUACACAGGCGAGCACAACCAAACGAUGGAUUUGCAAGGGCGCUUUUGGAAUUAGACAAAAAGUUGCAUGGUAAGGUUUCGAUGGACUGGCAACAGAAAAAGCCCGCGAUUAAGGUGUGCCCGAUAUGUGGGAAGAAUGCGGGCUUAAGUAGCAGCUCACUGCAGCUUCACUUACAAAAAGCGCAUAAGAAAAUGUCGUCGGGAAGUGUAGACAGUGCCAUGACUAUGGAGAUACAAAAGGUUUUAGAGGCACUCAAUAUUACACACAGACAAUCUCAUUCCAGUGAUUGAUUGAUGAUAAUGUAUAAAUGGAAUGUUGUAUAAACCAAUGUUUUAAAAUCCGGUUCUUAUAUCAUACCGGAUUUGGUUCAGAAAUGGUUUAACCGGGUGUACUGGGCGGUUUAACCGGUUCUACCGGUACAACCGGCCGGUUUGAACUGGUUUUUAGAACAUUGGUAAAACCCAUGUAUUUAGUAAUCAGAAUAAUGUUGUAAACUGCAAUAUUAUUGUAUCUAUAAAUUUUUAUAGGCAAAAACUGCAUUAAAAUA